AUUGGCGGGGCGGGGCGGACUAUAGAAGGGAAGGCCAGGCGGCGCCCUGAUCUCUUCCGCGCCCAUUUUAAUCCAGCCAUACAACGCUCUGCCGCCGCUGCUGCCGCGACCCGGACUGCGCGCCAGCACCCCCCUGCCGACAGCUCCGCCACUAUGGAGGAUAUGAACGAGUACAGCAACAUAGAAGAAUUCGCAGAGGGAUCCAAGAUAAACGCGAGCAAGAAUCAGCAGGAUGACGGUAAAAUGUUUAUUGGAGGCUUGAGCUGGGAUACAAGCAAAAAAGAUCUGACAGAGUAUUUGUCUCGAUUUGGGGAAGUUGUAGACUGCACAAUUAAAACAGAUCCAGUCACUGGGAGAUCAAGAGGAUUUGGAUUUGUGCUUUUCAAAGAUGCUGCUAGUGUUGAUAAGGUUUUGGAACUGAAAGAACACAAACUGGAUGGCAAAUUGAUAGAUCCCAAAAGGGCCAAAGCUUUAAAAGGGAAAGAACCCCCCAAAAAGGUUUUUGUGGGUGGAUUGAGCCCGGAUACUUCUGAAGAACAAAUUAAAGAAUAUUUUGGAGCCUUUGGAGAGAUUGAAAAUAUUGAACUUCCCAUGGAUACAAAAACAAAUGAGAGAAGAGGAUUUUGUUUUAUCACAUACACCGAUGAAGAGCCAGUAAAA